AGAACGGGCCACACACGCAGAGUGUUGUGUUCUGCAUCAACAUCCAUUCGAAAGGAAAAAAAGCGUUUCAGGAACAGUUUUUAUCUGGAUCGGAAUGGUGUGUAUUUCGCAUUCGUCUCGGUUGAACUGACGAAAAACGGACGGUUUUAUUCGGACGAAGAAGACGAAGAAGACAAAGAGGCGAAAAAUUAAUUAAUUGAAUUUUUUUCGAACAAUUGUGAAAAGUAAUCGAAUUUUGUUAGAAUAGACAGCGAACGGAGUUUUUGCUUUCUUGGUGGCAUUGACGAAGAGCCAGAGAGAGUUCAGUGGACAAUAUAUUUCGCGAGAAAAUAAAAAAAAAUAAAAUGAAGUUAGUGUGUGUGAUUCUUGUUUUGUUAUUGAGUAGCAAGUUCCGUUUUCGUUCACAUUGAGUUGAUCGUUACGCAGUGUGUUUGUGUGUCUGUCUACUUCUUAUGCAUUGCAUCUAUUCGUCUGGCUGUUUGUAAGCCACCAAAAUGCCGUACGAUCCAUUUCAUUACGUAAUUGUGUGCCGUUGUUGGUAUAUUUAUUGAUGUCUACACGAUGCAGUAGACCGAAUAAGACGAAAAAUCAUUUUUCGUCUUGUUUUGUGUGAAGAGCGCUGUGUGUUCCAUUUCGGUUGUUCAAAAUUUUUAGAUGGCAACAAAAUGUUUGGCUGUACUCGGUCGAUUUUGUUCGGGAAAUGCGCAGCAGUGCCACGAGGAAAUUCAAUUAAAAUUGAUAUACAUCUUGUUUCGUUCGUAUUAAUGAAUCGUGAAUUUCGAGAAGCGAUUGCAAGUGAAUGAAAAUUCGGUUAUGCUAAAGAGUUGUUGCGGCUGCUGUUGCUGCUGUUGCUAUUUGGGGCUUGGUUCGAGAAUUUUCGGCCCGUAAAACAGCUACUAUAAUUCCAUAGCAUGAAUGAAAUUCAAUCUGAAUAUAUAUAGGAUAAUAGUUGAAAUGGCUGCAAUUCAUAGCCUCUUUGAAUAAAAUCACCAAAGAAUCGGCUGGAUUAAUGACAGUAAAUAUAAUUCGUUGUUCAUUUGCUUUGAAUAAAUUAUCCACUGUGAUGCAGAACAAUAAUUGUUCAUGUCGUCGUCGUCAUCAUCAUCAUUUCAUUCGUGUAUGUGUGUGUGUGGGUUCCCCCGUCCGCUUCGCACGUUCACUCGUGCCCGUGCGCACUCCUAGUCCACUACACUCUUUUGCUUAACAAACUUUUGAUCAAAUUACAAGCACUUAAAUAAUUAAUUAAAACACGAUUAAAUAUGAAUUUCAAUUCCAAAUGAAGUUGAACUGGCAAAAGUACAAGUGAAAUGUGUUGUUAAACUUAUGGGUGAUUCAUCAUUGUGAUGUUGACGAUGAUAGUGAUGGAGAAGAGAGCGGCUUCGAAUUCGGUCGAUUGAAAUGGAUGCUUGGAAUUUAUUUUGCAUCGUACAAAUGUGUGCUGCUGCUGCUGCUGCUGUCGCUCCCGCACCCAUUCGAAUACAUAUAUCAGGGAGUUUGGUUGGUCCCUUCGAAAUUCCAUUUGCAGUGCUUCAAGUGAGUGAAAGAACACAGCGAACGUGUUCACAUAUAAAUAUAAAUCGAUGCGGAACGGUUCCCAUCAUCACUCACCAUGUUAUUGGCAUUUUACAAAUAUUUUCAUUCGAUGGCAAACUCCGUAAAUUGCGAUGCUAACAACUGGGUUUUGGCGGUUGGCAGCAGUGACAGCAGCAGUAGCAAUGGUAGUUGGAACGCAGCAAAAGAGCGAUAGUGAACGAGUGAGAGAUUGUGCCAGUGUAAAAGGCACAAUGAAAAUUGAAAUCAAUAAAAUUCUUCGCCGACGGUUUUGAUGUAUGCGUGCAUACUUUUUACUUCAGGGCUUCCACAUAUCUUUUCGGUUUUGCAAGCCGUCUGUUCAUCGAAUCAACAUCAAACACAUAAAACCGUCCAUAUAAAUGAAAUUUCAUCGUAAAAUAUCCUCCUCACACUUGUGUGCCAUGUGCAAUACGGCUGCAAACACCACCAGCAGCAGCAGCAACGUGAAUCGUUGGCGUAUGAAUCGAGUAAACAUAUACACACAACCAACAAAACAUCAACAUUGAACAGCGGUUACAGCGACCACCGUGGCAACAACAACAAUAGCAAUAGCAGCAGUUGUAGUAGUAGCAACUCCAUCACCACCACCGACAGACCCAACAAUCGGCGCUCGACAAAAGCAUCAUCAACAGCCUCACAAUCAUUAUUAUUAUUUUAUCUUGGCAUGGAGUAGAUAUGCUGAAAUCGCAUACUCUACACUCACUUUUCAUCGUUAACUGUGCGAUUCGCAUCACAAGCGCCAAAAUAUUUGCGCCGAAAAUUAAAAUACAUACUCUCAUGGCGCAUACCCACUCACACACAAACUCAGCUCAGUCACUGCCGUUGAAAACUAAACAUGCAAUUAACUGGCAUCCUUCUAUCGCAGCCAUGUGUAUUCUUUGUGCGCUAUCUUAUCGAUAAUUAUUAUAAAAGGUGAAAACAAUAGGGAAAAAAAAACAGCCGCUCUCCAUCUAAGUGCCAUGGCACUGCCGACAAGUGCGAAGGGAAAACGUGUUGGUAUUUGUUAAAUACCAUUUUCCGUUUGCACUUUUUUCUGUAUUCCUUAACUCUCUUUCGUUGUGGUGGUUUUGGGUCCGUCACUUUCCUUUCGACGAGCAGCACAGACGAAGAGAGAGGGAGGGAUAGAUAGUCAGAGCUCUGUUGUUCCAGUAAAAUAUCAUUUUGUCUUCUCGUGUCUGACACUUCGGGAAUUUAUCUCUGAAUGAGAUAACACAGUGGUUGAUUAAUAGCUCUUUGCCCAUUUUACUCUCCGAAACAAACGGAAAAAAUGUGUGUACAUUUUUUGUCUGUUUCUUUCCUGUGAUGAUGAUGAUGCUACUGCUGAUUUUGCUGUUGCUGUAUUUCACUCGGCUCUUCAUCAUUUUCUUCGUUCUUAUCUCUAAAUACUGCGUGUGAAACUUCUCCUUUUAUCCUAUUGUCAAACAACUCGGCCAACAAUCAACGACGAAUGAAGUAAAACUGCGCUUUGGCUCAAUAGGGCGUCGAAUGAGAAUCAUUUUUCUAUGGCAUUAUUUUUUUUUCUUUCUCUCAUUCGCAUCUCCUUUUGUCUUUAAUGUAACCGUGUCCGUAAGCUUGACCAUUUUUCGGGUUUUCAUUGUGUUACCCAAUGACUCAAAUCAAUUUAUUAAUUUGAUUAAUGCUACAAAAUCGAUUGAGUUUAGUUAAUGACAACGAUCACCAUGCUUAUUUCAAAUCGUCGAAGAAAAUCGAUUUCAAUUGAACAAUAAACACAGAGAUUAUCGAAAUAGAGAAUAAAAACGAAAGUAUUGUGAACUAAACAAGAGAAAAAAAAACAGAACAUUUUCGACCAAACGUUGAAUAUAAUUCGGAAUCAAAAUGGUUCAUCGAAACAGAGCCAAUAUUGUGGAGCGAGUCGAGUACUUGAUGACCGGAAGUCCUCGCACAGCUGGAUAUCCGGCCCGAUCGCCAAUUACCAACGAUGCACCAAAUCAACACAGACUUACCACACCGUUGAAUACGGGCCCUCAACAAAUGUCACAAAACGACGUUGGUCCACACUGCCAAAUUGGUGGCAAUUCGCCGCUAGUUAUGCCUGGAUUUCCGCUACGUUCAUCACAUUCAGUGCAUACACCACAUUACUCGCCAUAUUCACCGUCAAGGUUUCACAUAGACAAGCGAUGUCAACACAGGUGCUCUUGGAAAUGUUUUAGUUUUGCCUUAAUUUUCGUAGCUGUUAUACUUGCUGCUAUGUUGGCCUACUUUGCCGCAGUUAGUUCGAUGAAACCGGCAUACGAUCCGAAUAAUUGUAUUUUAGUGCAGGAUGUGAAAUCGGUGACACAUGAUCACAUAAGUCAAAAUUCCGAUGGACCAACGGCAUCACCGACUGAAGAAUCGUUGCUCACAAGCACCGCUGAGCAUAGCAGUUACACCACCCAACAACAGCACACAUCACAACAGCAAUCGGCUCAAGGAACGAAUGGUGUACAAAGUAGUUUGUCGCAAGUGUAUCAGGAUCCACAGUAUAUUGCACAGCAGGCCCAUCAAACGCAGCAACAACAGCGGCCAGUCCUUGAGCUCCGUGAAUUCAACGAACAGUAUCAUGCAACCAUACCGCCAUAUCAAUUUUGGAAUUCGGAAUUCAAGAAUAAGCAUCCAGCAUUUAUCCGUAUCAAUUUCACACUUCCGUGGGGUGCAAAUUUUGCGGUUUAUGGUCGUCGUAAUGUAGCACCCAGUGUUACACAAUACGAUUUCGUUGAAUUCAUCAAGGGCGGACGCAUCGAUAAUCGGUUGCGACGUCGUCGCCGUCGUAGCUCACCAACGGAACCCAUCGAUGAUGAUGAUGAACAAACGAUUCUUGACAUCAACAAUUACUAUGAACACACCAAGGAUAUGUUGGCCGACGAAAGUGGAAGAAGACAAAUGCAUUUCGAACCAUUGACCAUUGCUGCUCAUCAUGCACGAAGUGCAAGCACAAAUCACAAUGGCAAUGACAUCCAAUCGGAUAUUUCGAUUUUGCAGCACAAUGGCCAACCAUCACAUGACACUUUUACUACCAAUUUCAUUCGGAACAAUUUACAUUUUUCAUCAAACGACGAACAUUUAAUAUCGAAGCGUUCGGCCAUCGAUGCUGCCCCAUCGCUUGACAUGAACACGAUGAUGGUGAAUGUGAGCUUAUUACAGUAUCUCGACACUGGCCGCUGGUUUUUGUCCGUUUACAAUGAUGAAUUGCUGGCACACAGUGUCACACUAAUUGUGGGCGAAGCCGAAGGUGUCAGCACAACAUGCCCGAAUGAUUGCUCCGGUCGUGGUUCAUGCUAUCUCGGCAAAUGCGAUUGCAUUGAUGGCUUCCAAGGUGUUGACUGCUCCAAAAGCGUUUGUCCGGUUUUGUGUUCUGGUCACGGCCACUAUGGAGGUGGAAUGUGUCAUUGUGAAGAAGGUUACAAAGGUGGCGAAUGUGAAAUCCCAGCAGGAGAAUGUCAAGUGCCUGGUUGCUCUGGACACGGUCGAUGCAUUGAGGGUGAAUGCCAUUGUGAGCGCGGUUUCAAAGGACAUGACUGUUCCGAACCCGACUGUAUGGAUCCAACAUGCUCUGGCCACGGCACAUGCAUCAGUGGACAAUGUUACUGCAAAGCUGGUUGGCAAGGAGAAGACUGUAGCACCGUUGAUCAACAAGUUUAUCAAUGUUUGCCCGGUUGUUCGGAACGUGGUACCUACGAUUUAGAAACUGGUACUUGUAUUUGUGACCGUCACUGGACUGGACCAGAUUGUUCUCAAGCCGUUUGCAGCCUGGACUGUGGACCGAAUGGUAUUUGUGAAUCGGGAAAAUGUCGCUGUAAUCCGGGCUACGUUGGAAAUCUAUGCGAUCAACUGCCUUGUGAUGCGCGCUGUGCUGAACAUGGCCAAUGCAAAAAUGGCACUUGUGUCUGCUCACAGGGAUGGAAUGGUCGUCAUUGCACUCUGCCUGGUUGCGAAAAUGGAUGUUCGCGUCAUGGCCAAUGUACACUUGAGGAUGGUGAAUACAAAUGCGUGUGCAUCGAAGGCUGGUCGGGUUCCGAUUGCUCCAUUCAAUUGGAAAUGAAUUGCAACGAUAAUAUUGACAAUGAUCACGAUGGAAUGACUGAUUGUUCGGACAGUGAGUGUUGUUCGCAUCCAAUUUGUGCCGAGCAUAUAAUGUGUUUGGCAUCGAAUGAUCCAGUCGAGGUAUUAUUGCGUAAGCAACCACCUUCGGUCACCGCCUCAUUCUAUCAACGCGUUAAAUUCUUGAUUGAAGAGAACUCGGUUCAGUCCUACGCACACAUGGACGAAUACAGUGAAAGCGAGUUCUGGAAUUCUUUUACACCUGGCCGUGUGUCGGUGAUGCGAGGUCAAGUGAUUACACCGCAAGGACUGGGAAUUGUUGGCAUUCGAGUGUCGGUUGAUCGAGACUCACGCUUUGGUUUCACUCUGACGCGACAAGGUGGAUGGUUUGAUGUGCUAGUUAAUGGAGGCGGAGCUGUCACAUUACAAUUUCAGCGUUCACCAUUCCAUCCGAUGACUCGAACCGUGUUUGUGCCAUGGAAUCAGAUUGUUGUAUUGCCACCGAUUCAAAUGCAAUUGAAUGAAGACGAAGAGCAGAGCCGACUAUCUGUCAAAGUGGCACCACCGAAUCCAGCGUACAGUUUCUUAAACACAAUUCGAUAUGGUUUUGAUGAAGCGGCACAAACAGAUGCCAUGCUAUGCUUGGAUCAUGCUCAUGAGCUGCUCAAACCACAAGUGAUUAGCACAUGGAUGCCAGCUGGAGUUGGUUCAAAACCCGGAAAACGCACAAUAUUUGCUGAAACACAGAUCGUUCAAGAGACUAUUCAGAUUCCUGGCUCGGAAUUGCAUUUGACUUACCAAUCUUCACAGGCGCCGGGUUACUUGAGCUUGGUACGAAUGCGAUUGACACAAGAAAAGAUUCCAAAGACAUUGACCCAUGUGCAUGUUGGUGUUGAAAUCGAGGGUUCAUUGCAUGUUAAGACAUACGAAGCUGAUCCAAAUCUAUCGCAUACAUUUGCCUGGAACAAACGUAAUGUGUACAAGCAAAAGGUGUACGGUAUAUCGAUUGCUCACAUUUCAGUUGGAUACCAGUAUUCGACAUGUGCUCAACCCAUUUGGGAGACACAAACGGCCAAAUUGCAAGGUUUUGAUGUGGAUAUUUCGGAUAUUGGUGGCUGGGGCUUGGACAUUCAUCAUCACUACAAUUUCCAUGAAGGAAUUUUACAGAAGGGAGAUGGUUCAACGAUGCACCUCAAGGAAUAUCCACGUGUAGUCAAAGUGAUUAUGGGCACUGGAUUGCAACGUCCAUUGAAUUGUCCGGAUCAUUGUAAUGGUGUUGCCAAAGAUGCACGACUUUUGACACCAAUCGCAUUGGCGACUGGAGCAGAUGGCAGUUUGUACGUGGGUGAUUUUAAUCUUGUACGACGCAUUACACCAGACGGUAAAGUUUAUACGGUUCUUCAAUUGAGUGCCACACAAGUUUCAUAUCAAUACUAUUUGACGGUUUCACCGGCCGACGGUCACUUGUACAUUUCGGAUCCAGAAAAGCAUCAAAUAUUACGAGUGGUUGCCGUUGAUAAAGUACACGAUCCAACAUCGAAUAGCGAUCCAGUUGUUGGCAGCGGCCAGAGAUGCGUCCCAGGUGAUGAGACAAAUUGUGGCGACGGUGGUCCUGCAUUGCAGGCACGUUUAUCACAUCCAAAGGGUAUUGUGAUUGCAGCCGACCGAACCAUGUACAUUGCCGACGGAACGAACAUUCGUGCUAUCGAUCCGAAUGGCAUAAUUCACACGCUAAUCGGCCAUCAUGGGCACAAUAAUCACUGGAGUCCAGCACCAUGCAAAGGCGCCCUACUCUCAAGCGAAACUCAAUUACAAUGGCCGACCGGUUUGGCGCUCAGUCCACUUGACGGUUCAUUGAAUUUCAUCGACGACCGUUUGGUGCUCAAGCUAACGGCCGACAUGAAAAUCAAAGUCGUCGCCGGUACACCGUUACACUGCAACGCAAAUGGUGAUAAUAAAAAUCAAACGUCGCAGCAAGUACUUGGAACGGUGCUCGCAUUAGCAUUCUCACCAAAUGGUUAUUUGUAUGUGGCUGACAGUGAUUCACGGCGAAUUAAUUCAAUCCGAGUCAUUGAUACAGCUGGCAAUAUGAAAUCAUUCGCUGGACGACAAGAUUAUGCAUCAUGUGAAUGCGCUGCAAAUGGAAAUGGUACACAGUCGACCACAGUGAAUCCGAAUCGUAAUAACGGAAACAAUGCAAAUACAACGCCCGUGAUGUUUGGCGCUGGAAAUGGUGGUGGUAGUGGCGGUGGUGGCAGCAAUGGAGGUGCAUCGGCUUCAAAUGCAGCAGUUACAGCGUGCUCGUGUGGUAAUCUAAUGAAUCCGAGCAACGGCGGUAAUGCUAAUGCAUUUAAUAUUAAUAUAAACAAUGGCGCUUAUAAUGAUGGUUCAGCAGCAAACAGUGCCGACACACUGCUAUCGUCGAAUGCAAAAUUCCAGGCAAUUUCAGCCAUUGCCGUUUCACAGGAUGGCGUUAUAAAUGUUGCUGAUCAAGGCUCAUUGCACAUUCUUGCCCUGCAACAUUAUCUAUCGUCGCACGAUGAAAACGGCGAAUUCCACAUUCCAUACCCACCGACCAAUGAAAUUUAUGUGUUCAAUCGUUACGGUCAACAUGUUACAACGAAAGACUUAACCUCAGCGAAAACUCGAUACUCGUUCCUUUAUUCAAAAAAUACCAGCUUCGGCAAAUUGUCCACGGUUACCGAUAGUUCCGGAAAUAAAAUCCAAUUUUUGCGUGAUUACAGCAACAUUGUGAGCUCAAUUGAGAAUACACAGGAUCACAAAUCGGAACUGAAAAUAUCGGGCAUUGGUUUGUUAGCGAAACUCACUGAAAAAGGCAAAUCUGAAUUUGAACUUGAUUACGAUAGCACAUCGGGACUGUUGAAUAGUUUAUCAUGCGGUGGCGAAACAUACAUUUAUCAGUACGAUGAUUUCGGCCGUGCCGUUCGAAUGACAUUGCCAAGCGGUGAAACCAUUUCGAUUCGAUCGAAACUCGGCAAGAAUGUCGGCUUAACGGUGAAUGUAAAAAGUUCAAUACCGUCUUUGUUCUCGCAAUUGCCGGAAAUUUCGGGUGAAGUAUCAGCCAUUGGUGGCAUUGAAUCGUUGGUAAUGAAUCGAACCGGACGCAUUACACGUGCUCGAUUCAGUCUAAAUAACACAUUGCGCGCCGUGGCACCAAAUGAUGUAGUUGUUGAAUCGGCAGCUAUCUCAAGACAUCCAUUCUUGGAAUCAUUGUUGCCCGUUGAAAGUGAAAUGCUACCGAUGUGGUCACAUCAAGCGGUUACAAUGGGCGAAGGCUUAACGAAUAACAUGCACUCAAUUUACAGUUUAAUCGGCGACUUGAGAAAUCCACAGCAAACAUUGAGCCGCGAUAUUUGGGUUAACAAUUCACGAGCAUUCUGCAUUCAAUACGAUCAAUUUAGCAGCGUUGAAACAUUCUACGAUAAAAACCGCCGUCCAAUAUUCGCAAUCACAUUCGAUCCAUCCGGAAUGCCACUCUCGUAUGCACCGGCCAACGGUGGUUACCCAUUGAACAUUACCUAUGACCGUUUCAAUCGCAUCGAAGGCUGGAGCUGGGGGCCAUCCGAACUGAAAUAUACAUACGAUCGUCAUGGACUGUUAUCUGAGGUAACAAGCGCACAAGACGGCAUCAUUUCAUAUGUGUACAACGAUUGGAAUUUAAUAUCGGAAAUUGGUUUGGCCAGCCAACGUAAGUUCGCCAUUAGUUACGAUGAAAACGGCGGCUUGAGACAUGUUACGCUACCAAGUGGCGGUACAAAGCAUUCAUUUAGUAUGCAACCAUCGAUUGGUUUCAUUCGGGUGACGUAUACACCGCCCGGCAGUACAAAGCCAUAUCUUCAGCAUUACACACAAUCUGGUGCAUUGUUGCAUACCGUUUUCCCCGGCGAUGGUGCUCACAUUGUUUAUCGCUACAAUGAGGCUGGACAAUUAUCGCAAAUUAUUCAUGGCGAUGGUAAAAGUGAAUUUGAGUAUAAUACAAUGAGUGGUAUGCCAACCACUGUGACACAUGUCGAACGUGAGUUGCAAUAUCGAUGGGAUUUGGAAUACACGGGCGGUCUAUUGAGCGAAGAAAGAAUUGACUUUGAAGCAAAAUCAGCGUUGAGCAAUGCAAAAUUUACAUACGAAUACGAUACGAAUUUCCGUGUUACAUCCAUCCAAGGACGAAUCGGUGGACAAAAUUUACCCGCUCAAUCGUUCGGUUACAAUGUACGAACGGGAAAACCAAGCCAAAUUGGACCAUUCAAAAUAAAUACACCGCGACCGAAUCAAACGCAAGUCAAUGAUGGUACGGCCAGUUUUAUUCGCACCGUUGAUGGACGCUUCCUCGAGACACAACUCUCGGUUACGAUUCAUCGAUUGGAAGUGUUCCGCAUGGAAUUUUCACAUGACAUGCACGGCAGAAUUUCACAAACCAGAACCUAUACACGAAACGUUGGCGUGAACACAUAUACAAAUGUCAAAAACUAUACGUGGGACUGUGACGGGCAAUUGAUUGGCGUCGAAGCACAAGAACCAUGGGGUUUCCGCUACGAUGAUAAUGGAAACAUGUUGUCGCUAACAUAUCGUGGAAACACAAUUCCAAUGGAAUACAAUGCACUCGAUCGAAUUGUGAAAUUCGGCGACGGCCAAUACAAAUACGAUGGACGGGGUUUGGUAUCGCAAAAUGCACGCGAAGAACGAUUCCACUAUAACACACAAGGGCUGCUGGUGCGAGCCACAAAACGUGGCCGAUUCGACAUUCACUACUAUUAUGACCAUUUGAGCCGAUUGAUAACGCGAAAAGAUAAUUACGGCAAUGUCACACAGUUUUUCUACAACAACAAGGAACGACAGCAUGAAGUCAGCCAGAUUUACUCGCCACGCGAUGGUAAACUCAUGUCAUUAGUCUACGAUGAUAGAGGCCAUUUGAUUUACGCUCAAGUCUAUCGACAUAAAUACUACAUUGCCACCGAUCAAUGCGGUACACCAGUCAUGAUUUUCAACCAAUACGGAGAAGGAAUUCGAGAAAUUAUGCGUUCGCCAUACGGACACAUCGUUUAUGAUUCUAAUCCAUAUCUCUACUUGCCUAUCGAUUUCUGUGGCGGUAUUUUGGAUCAGGUAACAACACUUGUGCACAUGCCAAAUGGAAAGGUUUACGAUCCGCUAAUCGGCCAAUGGAUGUCACCAAACUGGGAAAAUGUUGCAGAACGCAUUGCAACACCAACCAAGCUGCAUUUGUAUCGAUUCAAUGGAAAUGAUCCAAUAAAUGUUGAACAUGACCGUAACUAUCCGCAAAACUAUCAAACCUGGUUGAAGCUAAUGGGUUAUCACAUUAAGAAUUUAAUGCCACAAUUAGUGAAGCCAAUGUGGCAGCCACAAAAUCUGUGGGGUUCAGUGCAGCCAUCGAUUUUAAAGCCGGAAACGCACUUCUUUGCCAAGGAUAGAACGUCUAUUGAGUCUGGUUUCUUAACACAUUUGGCCCAUCGUCGUCUAACGGACUUUGAAAAAUUGUCAGCACCACCAAAGUCGUCAUUGAAAACUGAUUUGUUGAAUAUUGGAAUGCAGAAAAUUGGUGCCGCCUCUGAUCCACCAUUCGGUAAAGGAAUCGUGGUGUCACGCACCAAAUCUGGUCAAGCCAUUGUUUCAAGUGUACCAGCCGCAAAUGCAAUCUAUCGUGAUGUAUACACAUCCGUAUUCAAUCGCUCUAGUCUAUUGCCAUUUACAUUUAUUGUGCACAAUUCACAGCAAGAUUCGUUCUAUUUCGUGAAAGAAGAGUCAUGGCGUGCAAGUGAGGAUCGUCAACAGUUGAAACGAUUACAGGGACAGGUGAAUACAACAUUCCAUGAGAUUGCCCGUGAGAAUGGCAGCGGCAAUAAUUAUUUGGAUGUGAAAAUCCAUGGAUCACACGCCGUGAUCAAUUUGCGUUAUGGCACAACGGUGGAAAAAGAGAAACAAAGACUAAUGCAUCAUGCAAAAUUGCAAGCGGUACGCAAGGCUUGGCAUCGUGAAAAGGAGACACUUCGAGCCGGUCUCACCACAACCAUGGACUGGACUCAAGCCGAAAUUGAUGAGAUUCUCAAACAAGGAUAUGUCAAUCAAUAUGAAGGCGAAUACAUUCAUGAUGUUAACAUUUAUCCAGAAUUGGCCGAAGAUCCAUACAACAUUCGUUUUUCAAAGAAAAAGGCAAAUCAAAUCCGACGACGACGAAGGCGUUCAGUAAAUGUCGGCAGUGCGUAGAAUUCGUAUUAGAUGAAAACGACGACAAUUGCACACAUUGAAGAAUUAAAACCGUCUAAUUGCAUUAUCAUUGCAAAACGUAAACAAUUUUUAGUGUAAUUUUGAAACAAUGUGGUGAUCAGUAAAAGAGAUUUUUUUUGAACCUCACCAAGAGAAAAGAAGAAAAAUCACAUAGGAAAAAAAACAACAAAUAAAUGAAAUUUAUUUUAAAAGAAAAAUUAAUCACAUAAUUGAUAAUAAUAAAAGAAGAGGGAAAUUAACAAGGGAAACUUUUCCACUAGGAAAAAUGAGAUAUUAAUCAAGUGACACGACACAAAGAAGAAGAACAUAUUUUUAAUGGAAGAAAUAAACACACAUAAUUACUUAAGUGAUUCGAGCUUUUUGAGACUGGCGAUAUACUAGAUGUUAUUGAAAGAAAACAUACUCUCCGUUUAUUUGAAAUUGAAGAAGGAAAAACAGAAGAAGAAAACAAAUUAUAGUAUGUGACGGCGAUUGCCACGCCAACGAAUGAAUGAAGAAAAACUGAAUCAAUAAAAUACGCAACAAACUCGGAACCAAUUUCAUCUAAUUUAUAAGUCAUAUGGAUGUAAAAACAAAACAAAAUGGAAAAGAAGAAAUCUACACAGAUAGGGUGAAACAAUUGUGAAUGGAAUUACUCGUUAUAUUCAUAAGUCAACUGCCAAUUGGCGAGCAUUAACAAUGGAAAAACGAAGAAAUCGACGGAAGAAAAUAAAAAUACUAUGACAGUAACCGAAGAAAA